CUUUAGUCGGUUCCUUAAAGUAAUCGAAAUGAAGGGGACAUCAGCUUCAAAAACUAUAGAUGCACUGGAAACCAUUUUCAACGAACAUGCAUAUCCAGAGAGCAUUCGGUGUGACAAUGGUCCACCAUUCUCAAGUGAUGAAUUUUCGGAAUAUUGUUUAAAGAAAAACGUCCGAUUAAUUAAAUGUAUCCCGUACUGGCCGCAGAUGAAUGGGCUUGUAGAGCGGCAGAACCAGGGAAUCCUGAAGACUCUCCGGAUAGCCAAAGCCACAAAGAGUGACUGGAAGAAAGCCAUUAAGGAAUACGUGUAUAUGCACAAUACUACACCUAAUUCGGUAACAGGUAAAGCCCCUCUGGAGCUCAUGACAGGUCGUCCGGUGAAAGACAUGCUUCCAUCUUUGCGAACGGAAAGGUUAAGGAAUAAAAACGAAGAAAUAAGCGACAGGGAUGCCAUAUUGAAGAUGAAAGGCAAACUGUAUGCCGAUGCCCGCAGACAAGCACGACCAUCUGAUAUUAAAAAAGGUGACAUAGUAAUGAUGAGGAAUUUCGAUUCGGGAAAACUAGAGCCUAGUUUUCAUAUGGAAAAAUUCGAAGUUGUUGGAAGAAACGGAUCCGAUGUUUGUAUCCAAAAUGAGGCAGGUGUCCGCUAUCGUCGCUCAGUGACACAUCUAAAAAAAUGGCCAGCACCAUUGGAUGAUAACUCAAAAUCGGUGGUCGUACAGAAACCUGAAGCUGAAACAAUCGAAAAUGAAGCAGAUGUUGGAAAUGAUCUCGACUAUGAACAAUUUAAAAGGAAGUCUGGGUCGGACGACGAACAUGACCAGGAAGGAAAUCGUCCAAAGAGAUCUCGCAAAUUACCUGCUCGGUUUCUAGACUAAGUAGGAGAGGGAUGUAGGAUAUACAUCAACGGAUACAUCCGAUGUCUAUGGUUUGAUCGACGAAUAAUAACAUGGGAGAGUAUAUGUAAGUCAGUUGGUAAGCGAACGAG